AUGAGCACCGUAUCAACGGAUAGCAACGCCACGGUCGAGCCCUCACAGGCCGAAAGGGUUUUGAGUGCGUUGCUUUUGCGCAUAUCGCGCGUCGUCCUUCAGCAUUUGCAGAGAGACCCCAACAACGACAACCCCGCCGCGCUGUAUUGGGCCCUGCACGAGUACUUCGCGUGCGCGAAGGCGCGUCAAGCGCGCGCGGCGCAUUUACGCCUUCGCCGCGGCGAGAUCGAGGCGAUCUUCCGUUUUUGCCUCGAGCGCCUCGCGGAGGCCGAGCUGGGGCUCGACAACCCCAAUGGAAACAAGAAUACCCAUGGCAAGAAGAACACCAACGGCAAGAAGGACCGCAAUGACAUCAAGAGCCGCAAUACCAAGAAGGACACCAAUGAGGGUAAUGCCACGCAGCGAGUGGAAGCUUUCAUCCGCAGGGUGCCUUUGGUGAGCUUGACGAAGCUGCGGGAGGGCCUGCAAAAGCUAGUGCGGCCGCUCCCUUUGAAAGAGGAGGCCGUCGGGCCUCUUCUGGGGCCGGCGAUGGCAGAGAUUGUGGAGCUGAGCCGGCUGCUUGACGAGGGCCUAGGGCUGCCACGGGCCCCACUGGGGGGAAUACACCUCAUCCACCUCGCCGCCGUGGCCGCGACGCUCGUCCCCACUGAAACCCUCGGGGAACUUGUGCGGGUGGUGGCGGAAACGGCCGAGGCGGCGCGCGUGACCCCCGCACCGUCAGAGACUAGCUUGAUCUACCAUUUUGUCGCGGCGAUUUACCACGAAUGGGGCGUGCUGGACCCCCAGCAUCUCGACGGUUUCCGUGCGCUGAGCUGCCGCUGUUUGGACACUCUUUCGAGUCGCGCCUCACACCUUCAAGCCCUUUCCCUAGUAGAUUUAGUGCGCAUGCCGGUCAGCGUGGAUGAAGAAAAGCUGAUGGCUAGCGCGGUGGACCCGAUUGUGGUUCCUGAGCAUUUUGCCAAGCUGCCACGUGAGGACCUCAAGAACUCAAGCAACACCAUAGAUAUAGAGGACAAAGAAAAAACCCCGAGAGCUACGCCUCAAGUGGUGGAUACUAUAGUGAUGUCAAGUAAUGAAACUCUCAAUACUUUACAAAACGAGGAAUCCUCAGAAGACGGAAUUGACUAUCGCUUUUGGAUAGAUCUUGCUAGCUAA